AUGAGUUCGAAUUCGGAUUUGGUACGCGCGUUGGAGUCGGUGCUAGGGGUUUCGUUCGGUGGUUCGGUGACGGACACGGUGGUGGUGAUUGCGACGACUUCAAUUGCGCUGAUAAUUGGGGUUUUGGUGCUGGUGUGGAGGAGAUCGUCUGAUCGGAGCCGGGAGGUGAAGCAGCUGGUGGUGCCCAAGCCGCUUGAGGUGAAGGAGGAGGAAGACGAGUUUGAUGUUGCAGCGGGGAAGUCUAGGGUCACGAUCUUCUAUGGAACUCAGACUGGUACAGCUGAGGGUUUCGCUAAGGCUUUGGCUGAGGAGAUCAAGGCUAGAUAUGAGAAAGCUGCUGUGAAGGUUGUCGACCUGGAUGACUAUGCUGAGGAUGAUGAUACAUAUGAAGAAAAACUGAAGAAAGAGACUUUGGCAUUUUUUAUGUUGGCCACUUAUGGAGAUGGGGAGCCAACUGAUAAUGCAGCAAGAUUUUACAAAUGGUUUACGGAGGGAAAAGAUAGGGGUAGCUGGCUUCAACAUCUAAAAUAUGGUGUUUUUGGUCUGGGUAACCGACAAUAUGAACAUUUCAAUAAGAUAGGAAAAGUGGUUGAUGAUCAACUUAGUGAAGAAGGUGCAAAGCGUCUUGUUCCCGUUGGCUUAGGUGAUGAUGAUCAAUGCAUUGAGGACGAUUUUUCUGCUUGGAGGGAAUCAUUGUGGCCUGAGUUGGAUCUAUUCCUCCGAGAUGAAGAUGAUACAAAUUCUGCGGCUACUCCAUAUACAGCUGUAAUUCCAGAAUAUAGAGUUGUUAUUCAUGACCCUAGUGUUGUUACCUCUUAUGAGGACAGUCAGUCGAAUAUGGCUAAUGGGAAUGCGUCUCUCGAUAUUCACCAUCCUUGCAGAGUUAAUGUUGCUGUUCAAAGAGAGCUUCACAAACCUGAGUCUGACCGCUCUUGCAUCCAUCUGGAGUUUGAUAUCUCUGGAACUGGUAUUACAUAUGAAACUGGAGACCAUGUAGGUGUUUAUGCAGAUAAUUGUGAUGAAACAGUUGAAGAAGCUGCAAGGUUGUUGGGCCAACCUUUAGAUUUGCUAUUCUCCAUACAUACUGAUAAUGAUGAUGGCACGUCUCUUGGAAGCUCAUUACCGCCUCCGUUUCCUGGUCCGUGCACAGUCCGCACUGCAUUGGCACGUUAUGCUGAUCUAUUGAACCCACCUCGGAAGGCUGCUCUACUUGCUUUGGCUGCACAUGCCGUUGAACCGAGUGAAGCAGAAAGACUUAAAUUUUUAUCAUCACCUCAGGGGAAGGAUGAGUACUCAAAAUGGAUUGUUGGAAGUCAGAGAAGUCUUGUUGAGGUAAUGGCUGAGUUCCCAUCAGCGAAGCCUCCACUUGGUGUGUUUUUUGCUGCAGUAGCCCCUCGCUUACAGCCUCGUUACUAUUCCAUAUCAUCUUCACCAAGAUUUGCACUCCAUCGUGUUCAUGUAACCUGUGCUUUAGUUUAUGGUCCCACGCCAACUGGCAGAAUUCACAAAGGAGUGUGUUCGUUCUGGAUGAAGAAUGCAGUUCCUCUAGAGAAAAGCCAUAACAGUAGCUGGGCUCCUAUUUUUAUUAGGCAAUCCAAUUUCAAGCUACCUGCUGAUCCUUCAGUCCCUAUUAUCAUGGUGGGGCCUGGUACAGGCUUCGCACCUUUCCGAGGAUUUCUACAGGAAAGGAUGGCCCUGAAAAGGGAGGGUGCUCAAUUAGGGCCUGCACUUCUCUUCUUUGGUUGCAGAAACCGCAGAAUGGAUUUCAUUUAUCAAGAUGAGUUAAAUAACUUUGUGGAAGAAGGUGUGUUGUCUGAACUAAUUGUUGCAUUCUCACGUGAGGGACCAACAAAGGAGUAUGUUCAACAUAAACUGAUGGAGAAGGCAGCAUACACGUGGGACUUGGUAUCUCAAGGGGGAUACUUUUAUGUAUGUGGUGACGCCAAAGGAAUGGCUAGAGACGUUCAUCGGACUUUGCAUACCAUUGUCCAGGAGCAGGAAAGGGUGGACUCAACGAAGGCAGAAGCUAGAGUGAAACAACUUCAGAUGGAUGGAAGAUACCUUAGAGAUGUUUGGUGAUAUUGCCUUCCUUCUUUGCCUUUUUUGUAUCAUCUUUCAGAACAUUCGUAUUAUAUAUAUAUAUAUAUAUAUAUAUAUAUAUAUAUAUGUAUAUGUAUAUGUAUGUAUAUAUAUAUAUAUCUUCAACGUUGGGCAUCGGAAGGUCUCUGCCCUUCAAAGUUUAUAGCAGCAGAUUUGGACAACAGUGUUGGGAACUGAAACCUGGUUUACCCAAAAGGUUUUAGUUAAUUAGAUCGACGCUGGUCUACCCUUAUUGUUACUAUGAUUAGUUCUCUCUUUCGAUGGAAGGGGCCAUUUAAUUUUUAGGGAACUACAUGUUAGCUAGUUGCAAAGAUGUCAAAACACAUACACGAAUGCUGUAGUUUGUUUUGGUGGUUGUAUGAAAUUUUUUAGUGAAUUAUGGUAAUUAAAAUAAAACUGAAGUUUGCUGCUA